GGCAAACUUAACACAAAAUAGAAAUAUAGAAAUGCUCAAGUGGCUGAUAGUUGUUGUGGUGCUUGUGGCUUUGGUCAGCGCCGAGCUGCAUCGCAUUCCCAUACGGAAGCAUCAGCAGAAGACGCACAAGCGUCAACAUAUGAAGGCGGCAACCCGCUGGCUGCAUCAGAAAUAUCAUUCAUCGGGUGCUCAACUCGAAGACUAUGUGGUGCCCGACUAUGCUGCACCCGACUAUGGCAGCAAUGACAGCGAGGAGAACUCGAACGGAAGCCAGGAGAGCGACAACGAUUACACAUCCGAAUCGCUGAGCAAUAAUCAAAAUAUGGAUUACUAUGGCGUGAUUGCGAUUGGCACACCGCCGCAAUACUUCAAUGUGGUCUUCGAUACGGGCUCCUCGAAUCUAUGGGUGCCAUCGGUGAUGUGCCUGGCCAGCGAUGUCGCCUGCCAGAAUCACAAUCAAUACAAUGCGAGUGCAUCCAGCACGUAUGUGGCAAAUGGCAGCGGCUUCUCGAUACAAUAUGGCACCGGCAGUCUAUUCGGUGUCCUAUCCACCGACACGGUUACAAUCAACGGCCUCAGCAUUGUGAAUCAAACAUUCGGCGAGGCGAUCUCACAGCCAAAUGGCAGCUUCACCGGCGUCCCAUUCGAUGGCAUUCUGGGCAUGGGCUACCAAACGAUCGCUGUCGAUGAAGUCGUCCCUCCUUUCUACAAUCUCUACGAACAGGGCCUGAUCGAUGAGGCCACAUUUGGAUUCUAUUUGGCACGCAAUGCGUCCUCACUGGAUGGCGGUCAAUUGGUGCUCGGUGGCAUCGACUAUCAACUGUUUAGCGGCAAUCUAACCUAUGUGCCAGUCUCCCAGCCAGGCUAUUGGCAAUUCGAGAUGAUCAGCGCCGUCAUGGGUGGCUAUGUGGUGUGCUACAAUUGUCAGGCAAUUGCCGAUACAGGCACCUCACUCUUGGCCUGUCCGGGCAGCUCUUACAGCACCUUGAAUCAGCUCAUUGGUGGUCAGCUGAUCGAUGGUGAUUACUACGUUGACUGCUCCACAAUUGACACGCUGCCCGUGCUGAGUUUCAAUCUGGGCGGCACCAUCUUUGAGCUGCCCGCCUCCGCGUAUAUCAGCACCUUCAGCGAGGGCAAUGCCACGUUUUGCAUGUCCAGCUUUACGUACAUCGACACUGACUUUUGGAUUCUUGGCGAUGUCUUCAUCGGUCAGUAUUACACACAAUUCGAUUUCGGUCAGAAUCGCGUCGGAUUCGCGACAGCCGUUUAAAAUAACUGCAUCGAAAUAAAUAAGUACGCAAAUUUGACAACUGAAAUAGAAAAUUCUUUGAUAUUAAACACCUAAAUA